AUGCAGGUGGUAGGAGAUAAUCAAACACCAUCAAGUCAGGAAAAGACCACAAUACUUAGAACCUGGAAAAUAACAAAUACCGGGUUAAAAGAAAUCAAAAAAGUUUUUUUAAAGGAGGGUCAAACUGCUGAAGAAAUUAAUAUGGGAGCGUUUUUAGACAAACCAAUAACUAAAAAAUCAAAUGAUCAUGGUGAAGGUCAAGGUAUGAGGUAUGGUAUGGCAUCAAUGCAAGGAUGGAGAGUUGAUAUGGAGGAUGCUCAUGAUGUUCAGAUAGCCAUAUCAAAUGAACCACCUUUUGAUAAAUGGUCUUUUUUUGCCGUUUUUGAUGGUCAUGCUGGACCAAAUGCUGCUAAACAUGCUGCUGAAAAUUUAUUAAAAAUUAUUAUGGAAACUCCAGAAUUUGAGAAAUUACUUCAACAUUUAAAAGAUAACGGUGGUGCUAUAGACAAUGAAACUAGAGAACUUAUUGGAAAGGGUUUGAUUAAUGGAUUUUUAAGGCAUGAUGAAAUAUUACAUAAUCAACCUAAACCUGAAAGUAGUGGGACGACAGCAAUAGCUGCUAUUGUUACUCCAGAAUAUGUCUUCCUUGUAAAUUUAGGAGACUCUCGAGCUAUUUUUUGUAAAAAAAAUUCUGAAGUUAUUGCUACAGAAGACCACAAACCAUACAAUGAAAAAGAGAAAGAAAGAAUUGUCAAAGCUGGUGGUAAUGUUAUGAUAUCUCGUGUUAAUGGAGCUUUGGCUGUCUCUAGAGCAUUUGGAGAUUUUGAAUAUAAAAAUGUUCCUAAUCUUUCGUCAACGGAACAAUUAGUUUCUCCAGAACCAGAUGUUUAUGAAGUUAAGAGAGAUGAAAAUAUGGAUGAAUUUUUUGUUCUAGCAUGUGAUGGAAUUUAUGAUGUAAUGACUAAUGAAGAAUUGGCAGAAAUAGUAAGAGAAAGACUUGUGGCAGAGGAUGAUUUAAGAGUUGUUACAAAUCAAGUUCUUGAUUAUGCUCUAUCAAAAGGAUCACGUGAUAAUAUGACAUUAAUUCUCGUCACCUUGGAACAAGCCUCAUCAGUUAAUGAAGAAAUAGCAGAAAAAGAGAAACAAUGGGUAGAAAAGUUAAAUAUUGUUAUCAAAGAAACCAUAACAGAAUUAAAAAGUGAAUGUGAAGAUGGUGAAAAGGUCUGUCUUGAAGUUGCUGUUCGCAAGGUAAAUAAAUCUGAUGUCAUUAAAGAUGCUCCAAUAAAUAAUGUCACUUAUCAUACAAGAUAUUAUGUUGAUAAGGUUCUCAAUGAAUUUUAUGAUGGCAACCGUUAUGAAAGUGAAGAAAAUGAGGAAAAAAGUAAUUAG